AUCGACGGGUUCGGUUGUAAAUAAUAGACGAUCUUCCAAUCGCGUAGAGAAAGAUAGUUAAUACUUGAGAGUUUUCCGUCAGUUGUUGUUGGCUCUGGUGUCCUAUAUGUGUGUUUCCAACACAACCGUUUGUCAUCAAGCGAAUCCCCAGUUUCGCAGUAAAUAAAGCUGUAGAUGACCACCGUAUCCGGAAUGGAGAGGAAUAAAACAUGUGGGUCAAGUGAUACCUGGGUUGCUGUUUGUGAUGAUGUUGAAAGUGUAAAGUGAUUAGUGAAUUACAGGAAUUACACUUCCAUGUCACAGAAAGAGGGAUUGCCGUUGGUACGGGCGAUUAGCAGGCGAGUGAUUAGUGAAGCAUGGCAUUUUCCGUGCUUAUCUGGCAUCCACUGUGUUUACGCAUCGCUCUCGGCGAGCGAGGGGUGGAAGUAAUGUCAGGGCAGUGAUGGCUAUUUUUGUAUAUCGGUGAACCGAGAAAAUUGCAAACAAGUUGUUUUUCGUUCGUGUUUCCGAGAAAAAAUUCGGAACAUUGUCACAUGUGAUACCGUCCUGGUAGUGAUUAUUUACAAAUUCAUCAUCGUUCGCCCUGAAGGAAAAUACUGAAAUUUAUACAGUUUGGUUGAAUUGACCAGGAAUUUUCUUCCGAGAAUAUGCUCUUGGUUCGGUGAACGUGGAUUGCGAUACACCCGAGCGGUUUCUACGGGUUGAUGAAACUCCCAUAUUCCAACAGUUAGUGAUACGAACGUAGCUUCGGAAGAAAUGUGCUGACAGCAGACGAAUCAAGUGUGGUGCUUUUCAAACCAGGGAAAAGGGAUUCAGUACUAAUUAACCGACGGUGUUGCGUGGUGAUAUGUAGCUGUCGGGAAGAACACGUGCCAUCUUAUAUCAUUAAUUACAAAUCUUUGGAAGAUUUCACGAGGAGCGAUUAUUCGAGUGGCCUGAACCGGAAUAUGUAGUGUCGAAGUGAAUUCAACAAGCCUCCCCAUGCCUGCUAGUAAACAAGGGGGAGUUCAAAGGGAAAUUGGAUCAAAUGAAGGAAGAAGCUAGGCAGGCCGGUAUCGAUAAUCCCGUCUCUCACUGUGCAUCAAAAUCGAACGAGUAGAUAUUAUGUAACGAACUGGAUUAAACCAACAGGCAGUAACCAAUAAAGCAACAUGUACGGAUAGAUGAUUACCAUAUUCUGUCGGAUGUUUACGCUCGGUUUUAGGAUUCUCAUCCUGUCUGCAUCAUACGGCAAUCAGUGUGAUAGGCGUGUUUAAUUGGAUUUAUGCGUUUGUUAUGGAUCGUAUACAAAAGCAUCUCCCUUAGUACCCGCGUGAAUGAUCUGUGAAUAACCGAAAACAAUCACACAGUAUAUUUUCAUGGCAGAAUCAGAACAAUAGUUAUGUGAAUAUAAAUCAACACAUUAACAUUCAACCCGUCACAACAACAUUCUGGCGGUUGACACCGAUGUGGGAAUACCUAUGUACUUGUAGACACUUUGGUCUGUGAAGUGUCAAGGGGUAAAUAGUUUUUGCCCAACUGAAACCCGUUACUCCCAUUGGGAAAAGGUGCCUUUCUAAACAAUCCGAACGAAAAAACAAACGAAAGUUUACACAAGUAAAAUGGAUAGCAGAAACAGGCGGCGACAACUCGGCGCCCCCUGCCAUUGUCUUCGACCGCUUAUACGGAUAUGGGGUGUUGCCACAGCGAUUGUGGCCUUUGGAGUAGGGGUGGACAUUAUGGUGCACGGAUAUCCCGCGGGUGUUUAUAUCAUAGUUGCUUCCGCCGUCAUAUUUCUUUUAGAAAUCAAGUGGCUAUUCAUACUGUUCAUCAAUCUGCUGUGUACUAGCCAUGACUAUUCGGAGGAUUGUCACAAAUGUUGGAACGUGUGUAGAUUUUGCGGCGGUUGGCGCCUCUCGUUUCCAUAUGUGGCCAUAGGCGUCGCACUGAUAAUGUGGCCCCAUAGGCUGUGGUUGAGUCCCGUGGCCGGUGGGCAACUGAUUGCGCUAGCGUUGCUACGAUUGCUCACCCUAUGCCAGUUCCGAUCAGGUGGAAAGGACGAGGAGCUGCUAACACAUUUUGAUGAGCAUGUCGAUAAAUACGACCAUCUCUCCGACGUCCUGGUGGAUGAUUCGAUGCCCAAACCUGGCCAAAGCCUGGAGGAUGACGGUGAUGAUGAAGAUGACACUGAUCGUAAUGUCGCCAACGGAUCCAUUUGACAGGACGAAGAUGCUAGUGGUAAAACAGUGGCAGCGGCGGAGGCACCUAGUAAAAAAUCGUUUCGAAAAAGCAUGAAUCAAAGCUAUGAAAAAUUGGAAGAUGAUUGUGAUUGUGAUGUGAUCAAAUAGAGGCGGGAAGCGAAAUCAACCACCGGGAAAAGGUAGUACUUCAAGAAAAUUUGCCUAGAAAAUGGAUGUAAAUAUAAGCACACAUUCAUACCUAACAUGUUCACAAUCACAAGCGGCAACUUCGAAUGAUAAGUUGGAAUCAAUCCAGCAUUGCUAUAGGUUGCUAUAUUGUCAAACAAGAUAUCAAAUUAUAGCAUUCAUUAGUCGAUUGGCCAUUACAGCUGUUGUAAAUAAAAUAACAAAUUAACUUUCUAUAUGAGAAAGGCAUAACGCAAUUAUAUUAUUACUUAUUUAUUUACAGUGGGAUUUAUUAUAAGAAAUUCAUUAAUUAGGUUUCGGUUCGAAAGAGUCAGUGCUAAUUGAUUUAUAUUUAU